AUGAGGCCGUCGAAUGCUGGGAGGUUUCAAACGAAGGGUGGUGGCUGGGCACAAGUGGUCAGUAGAGUUUAUGCUAUCACAGGAGCUGAAGCAGCAAGCUCAGCAAUUGGUGAGGUUAGGAUUUCUACUGUAUGUAUUAGAUGUCCGAUUGAGGUGGAAGGGUGUAGAUUUAGAGUAAACCUUAUAUGCUUACCUCUACAAGGCCUAGAGGUAAUUUUAGGAAUGGAUUGGUUGGCUGCAAAUCACAUUCUCAUAGAUUGUGGUGAGAAGAGGUUGGUAUUUCUGAGUGAAGAAGAGGAAUUGUCCUUGACAGUCGGCAAGUUAAGGAUAGAUAUAAUGGAGGGUGCCAGCUGCUUUCUGGUAUUGUCGCACGUGGACGUGGCAUUAGAAGAAUUAGGCUAUGACCGUUCGGUCAGUCGUGAGAAGAGUGGAGACCGAUCGGUUGUGAGCGAAUUUCUGAAUGUUUUUCCAGAAGAAGUUCCUGGACUACCUCCUCAUCGGGAGGUUGAGUUCUCCAUUGAUUUGGUGUCGGGAGUAGGGCCAGUUUCUAGAGCACUGUAUAUAAUGACUCCAGCUGAACUAGCCGAGCUAAAAGAGAAAAUAGAAGAACUAUUGGAGAAGCAAUUCAUUCGGCCAAGUGCCAUCACCUUGGGGAGCUCUAGUGCUGCUAGUGAAGAAGAAAGAUGA